UGGGUUACCCAGCAUCGACUCGCGCUCGGUAGCAGCAGCAGCAAAAGUAGCCGAGAAGGAAGAAAAAAAAAAGAGCAAAAGAAGGAAGGACGGGACGACGGUCUUUUUCUCGGUCGGUCGGUCGAACGGUCAAAUCCGCGACGAAACCCCCGAUUGCGGUGCGUUUCCGGACAAUCCGUGGUUCCACCGGUUCUCGCUGGACUGCGCGCGCCCCUGCUUUUGUGCGAAGGAACGUCGUGAGGUGAAAGUUUUGAACCUUUGCCAGAAGUCGACGACGACGUCGCGAAGUUUUGUGGAGUUGGAAGAUGCGGAAGAUUGCUGGGAACGUGGCCAGGUCGUGGUAGCAGGUCUUGGACGCAAGUGAUCCGCAGACGGUGUGAGGAAUUUAGGAGAAGGUCGUCCGUCGUCGGGAACCCUGCCUUUAGUGAUGCAAUUAUGAAUAAUUUUGACGUUUCGGGAGUAGUUUGCCCUGCAGCAGUGUAAAAGAAGCCAGACGGUGAAGACUUGCGGGUUUCGGAACCGGAAAGGCGAGCGGUGGAUAGCUCCGGAGUUGGGAUACCAGGAAGGUCCGAAUCUACGCCAACGGGCCAUAUGUGCGAACACAAGCAACAACAACAACAACCGCAACACCAGACAAGAUGAUCUAAAUUUACGUGCGAGCUUCACACCGAUCGUGCGCUCUGGUUGAGGGUUCGGCGAAAAGGAAGACGACGGAGAAGAAGUUUGUCGCAGUUGGACCAGUUUUUGGGGAGGAACCCCGCGCGCGCGGUCAUGGUCGUGGAAUCAAUUUGUCGCCGCCGCUGAUGGUGAUUUGCCUUAAAUUGGUGGUGUGUAAUUUGAUCAGUGUUUUUUUGGCAAGAGGAAAAAGAAGAAGAUUAGUGAAAAAGGCAGCCUCCGAUCGUUUAAAGAAUAUGGCAGCGAGCAACAGUGAAAUCAUCAUUCCCGCUAAAUUUGUUUUGUUUACUUAAUUUUGCAGCACGUGACACACGGAUGAACGUCGAUUUUUGUUUUGGUUUUUGAAAAAAGUGCAAAAAGUAAAAGAAGGAGCGAAAUAAAAGAGUGGUUUAAGUUUUAGAUUGUAAGUGCAAAUAGUAAGAAAUUGUAUAAAGAAGUAAAGCAAGUGCUAAUUGUAAGAUAUCAAGAAGCAGAAAAAGAGGAAAGGAAUAAAUAACAAGUGAUAAAUAAAAAAAGAGAGAAGAAGAAAAGUAAAGUUAUCGAGAGAAUCAUAAAGUAUCCUGAAACAAGAAGAAAAUAAAGAUAGCAGCCCACACACAAAAAGAAGAAUCAAUCACACAAGCACACUCCAACCGUUUGUGUGUGCGUGAGUGAGUGUGAGUGCGACCCUGUGUGCGUGUGCUGCUGGUGUGGGCGUGAAUGAGUUUGUGACGGACGGCUAAAAGUCGCGUAACAUCAACAAUAGAGAAGACGACGAAGACGACGACGAUAACUGCAAGAAUAAGAAGAACCACCGCCUGAUCUCCCUCCACCCACAAAACAAAAAAACCAUCGAGUCAUCAUCACCAACUGGAACAAUAAGAACAACAACAACAACUCACCAAAACACACACACACAUCCAGUGGGAAGGGACGAGAUCAGCAUCCCGACCUCUAGGCUGUUAGGAAGCAGAUCCAACCAGAACCGGAACCAGCCAACAACAACACACACACAUACACAAUGUCGUCCGGAACGUUCGUGGACCGGAUCGAUCCGUUCGCCAAACGGUCGCUCAAGAAGAAGGGUAAAAAAUCUCAGGGCUCAUCGCGGUACAGGAGUUCACAGGACGUGGAGCUGCAGCAGCUGCCGUCGCUGAAAGUGGACUGCUCCAGCUUAGAGCAGGAGGAGCUGUUCAUCCGGAAGCUGCGGCAGUGCUGCGUCUCGUUCGACUUCAUGGACCCGCUGUCGGAUCUCAAGGGCAAGGAAAUCAAGCGGGCGGCGCUGAACGACCUGUCGGCGUACAUCACACACGGCCGCGGCGUGCUCACGGAAAACGUCUACCCGGAGAUUAUCAAAAUGAUAUCCGUGAACCUGUUCCGCACGCUCCCGCCCAGUGAAAACCCGGACUUUGACCCGGAGGAGGACGACCCGACGCUCGAGGCGUCCUGGCCCCAUCUGCAGCUGGUGUACGAGGUGUUCCUACGCUUCCUAGAGUCGGCCGACUUCCAGGCGACGUUCGGCAAGAAGGUGAUCGACCAGAAGUUUGUCCUACAGCUGCUGGAGCUGUUCGAUUCCGAGGAUCCGAGAGAGCGUGAUUUUUUGAAAACCGUAUUGCAUCGUAUAUAUGGCAAAUUUUUAGGAUUACGUGCUUUUAUUCGUAAGCAAAUAAACAACAUAUUUCUACGUUUUAUAUACGAAACGGAACAUUUCAACGGAGUCGGCGAGCUGCUGGAGAUCUUGGGAAGCAUAAUCAACGGUUUCGCCCUGCCGCUGAAGGCGGAACACAAGCAGUUCCUGGUGAAGGUGCUGCUGCCGCUGCACAAGGUCAAGGUGUUAUCGCUGUACCACGCCCAGCUCGCGUACUGCGUCGUGCAGUUCCUCGAGAAGGACGCCUCGCUGACGGAGCCGGUCGUGCGCGGGCUGCUCAAGUUCUGGCCAAAGACGUGCUCCCAGAAGGAGGUGAUGUUCCUGGGGGAGAUCGAGGAAAUUCUGGACGUGAUCGAGCCGCCCCAGUUCGUCAAGAUCCAGGAGCCGCUGUUCCGGCAGAUCGCCAAGUGCGUGUCGAGUCCGCACUUUCAGGUCGCCGAGCGGGCACUCUACUUCUGGAACAAUGAGUACGCGAUGUCGCUGAUCGAGGACAACAACGCCGUCAUCAUGCCGAUCAUGUUCCCGGCCCUGUACCGGAUCAGCAAGGAGCACUGGAACCAGACGAUCGUCGCCCUCGUCUACAACGUGCUGAAAACGUUCAUGGAGAUGAACUCGAAGCUGUUUGACGAGCUGACCGCGAGCUACAAGGCGGAACGGCAGAAAGAAAAGAAACGAGAGCGGGAACGGGAAGAGCUGUGGAAGCGACUGCAUGAGCUCGAGAGUGCCCGCCGGCCGGACGCGCCCCUAGUCGACGGUGGUGCCGGCAGCGGAGCAGCCGCCGGAGGAUCGCUGGCCGCCGGAGCCGCCGGAUCGCAACUAAAUCCCAACGCCCUGACGCUAUCUGCCACGUCGACAUCGUCGUCCUCGUCGCCGUCGUCCGUUACAUCCGCUAGCAAUCUGACCGCCGCGUCCCAGGCGCCACCACCCGGCUCGACCGGAACUAGCCUGCAGCAGGCCGGCGGUUCCGCAACAUCCUCCGCCACGUCCCCCAAUGCCGCCACCAACAAUGCCGCCGCCGCCGCGCCGUUAAGCAAGUGAUGUACUGAAUAAUAUUACUUUUAAAUUUGUCCCCUUUCCCAACCCAUCCGAUUCCUUCGCCAACCCUGAAAUCCGGAACCAUCAACACUUCACCCUCCAUCAGAGACCCUUCGUUUUGGUUUUCUAUUGUGUCUUUGUUGUGGUGGUGAAGAAGAAGACGACGACGGCUUCGACGACGAGAAAGAUGUUGAACAGUGUGAGUUGUUGUUUUUUUUUAUUUAAACGAAAACACUGUUUGUCGGAGCACGGAGAAAAAGAGCGGGAAGCCAGAAACGAAGGGUAAGUCAUUCACUCUCACUGUCCCACCCACUACUCCCUACUCCUGCACACAAACACACUCACACUCACACACACACAAACUCUUAGUAAACAAAGGAUUAAACGAGAGAGGAAACAAACAUAAAAAUGUUAUAUAAUUUAAACAAAUAAAGGCGGAUAACAACACAGACACACACAACAACAACAACAACAGCAAAUAUUCAAUUGUUCUCUCAAAACGAAAAGAAAGAAAAACAAAAGAAAAGAAAACACAAUCCUUUUAUAGCGAAGAGAGCGAACAAAGAAGAAUAAUGGAAUGGGUAGUAAAAAAGUAUAAAAUUAAUAAGCAAACAACUUACCUGCUGCUAUAUUAUCAAGAAAUAAAUAUGGUACACAAACAAAAGAAAAACAAAGAAAAAAUGAGAAAAAAGAAACUUUUAUUACACGGAAAAAGCAAAACCAACCUACUCACACUAACAAACAAACAAAAAAAAAUCACCAAAACACUUACACAUUCACAACAAACAAAAAGAAAACAAAAAACUCCGAAUGCGGCCACCAGAGGUGGCCAACGCCAGCGCCAUCUUUUCUCUCACAACACACAUUCACACUAAACUCACAAACACACCGUAAACCGUAAUAGAGAAACCCAAGUGUCAACGUAAUAAAAAAACAAGGAGAGUAACAUUUUUAAGCAUAUUACCCGCCUCCGCCACCCUAACUGCUACACAAACACAACCACCACCACCAAGUCAGAGAAAA